AUGGCUACAGUUCUUACGAGAAGCCAUCCAGUCCCUCAAAAGCGAGCUAUCGAGGGUGAAAGCGGCAAAGAUGAGCCUGCAAUUUCGACCACGUCCUUGUCCGAGGGGUUGGCUCUAGGGGUCCCCAUCAAGCAGAAGAGGUUCUUCUGGCAGACGUCGAGGUCCUACGACCCGAAUGCAAUUGCGACACUUCCAAGUGUUUUCGACGAUCCCGAAACUGCAGAGAAAUACCUACCCAGGUCUGACUGGGAGAAUUUUCACCGCUUCGAUCCUACAGCUAGGUGGACAUGGGGGGAAGAAAACAGACUCGUCCGCAAGAUCGAUCUUAGGAUCAUGCUCUGGGCAAUCGUAAUGUUCAUGGCACUGGAGAUCGAUCGAGCGAAUCUUUCACAAGCUCUGACCGACAACUUUUUGGACGAUCUCAAACUUUCCACAGACGAUUACAACCUUGGAAACACCGUGUUCAAGCUUGCAUUCCUCUGCUCUGAGCUUCCUUCUCAGCUUGUAUCUAAGUGGAUGGGGCCAGACAGGUGGAUUCCGAGUCAGUUGAUUCUCUGGAGCUUUGUGGCAGCAGCUCAAUUCUGGCUCAGUGGUCGAGAGUCGUUCCUUGUCUGCAGGGCACUCCUUGGUGUGCUGCAGGGUGGAUUUAUUCCCGAUGGUCUCUUCACGCUCCUAGUCGGUCUGCUUGCCUUUGGCCUAAUGCCUGCAGGGCCGUGUCAGACAGCCAGCUGGUUCCGGGGCAAGAAAGGCUGGUUUGACGAGAGAGAGCAAACAGUUAUCGUAAACAGAGUCUUACGAGAGGAUCCAUCGAAGAGUAAUAUGCACAACAGAGAACCAGUAACACCAAAGCUGUUAUGGCAGAGUCUGAAAGACUUCGAUCUCUGGCCGCUAUACAUCUUGGGUCUAGCGUUCCAGAUUCCCAUGACGCCUCAAACUCUUUACUUGACACUGACUUUGAAGGGACUUGGUUUCGAUACAUUCCAAACCAAUCUCCUCACAAUUCCGUACUAUGCUGGACACAACGACAAACCAUUGUACAAAAGAGGCAACCGACAACUCCUUGCCGUGUGCUGCAUGAACAUUGUUUUGUAUUUCCUAACGAAGGCGUAUUACGUCUUUCGAAACAAACAAAGAGACAAGAAAUGGAACGCUUUGACAGAAGACGAGAGGCUGGAUUACCUUGCAAACACGACGGAUCAAGGCAACAAGAGAUUGGAUUUCAGGUUCCAGCAUUGA